UUUUCAAAAUUAUUGCUAUCGUAUUGACCCAGAAGUGAAAUUUAAGCGUUCGCUAUGAACAACGCUCUUUCAAGAUUUUACAUAUUUGCAGACGAGCAGGAAGAAACAUCUCUCUAUUAAUUCAACAGCUUCUUCCCAAAUAUUCUAGAAGGCGUAGCAGCAGGAGGCACAGAAAUCAAAGAUGGUGAGUUCUCUUGGGAUCCAUCUUCUUCAACCCCAACCUUUCACGAAUUUGAAUUAGGUUGGAGAAGGGUAUGCGUGGUUGGUUUUGGAACAUCCAGUUUCCUUUUCUGCAUCCUCGAUUCAAAACAAAUUGGUAUUCGAUUAUGAAACCCAUAUCGAUAUUCAAUUUCCAUGGCAUGCCCUCCCAGAUUUUUGAACCUUUGGUCAGUUUGUCCCUGUUAAGAAUCCAUCUUCAACGAUCAAGCUUCUGUUCUGCAGCAGCAAUGGAAUGGAGGAUUGGAUUAAAUAUACCAUCAGCUAAUCAGUUAAUCAAUGCGUUCUCUUCAUACUGCUAUCAAAGGGAUCUUGACAAAGCCAUGAAAGCUUUAGACUUUAUGCAAAAACAUCAUAUAUGGGCUGAUUCAGUUACUUAUGCAGAGCUAAUUAAGUGCUGCAUAGCUCGUGGUGCCAUCAUACAAGGCAAACAAGUCCACCAGCACGUUUUUUCCAAUGGCUAUGAGCCCAAGACUUUCCUAAUUAAUACACUGGUAAACAUGUAUGUCAAGUUUAAUAUGUUGGAUGAAGCGCAAACCUUGUUCGAUCAAAUGCCUGAAAGAAAUGUUGUCUCGUGGACAACAAUGAUUGCUGCUUAUUCUAACUCAGAGUUUAGUCAAAAGGCAUUGGAGAUGUUGAUUCAAAUGCUCAGAGAUGGAGUUAGGCCCAACAUGUACACUUAUUCAUCUGUUCUGAGAGCUUGUAAGGGGUUGUGCAACCUUGCACAGGUUCACUGUAGCAUAAUUAAGGUUGGUCUUGAGUCUGAUGUUUUUGUCAGAAGUGCUUUAAUUGAUAUCUACUCCAAAUGGGGUGAAUUGCAAGCUGCGCUAUGUGUCUUCAAUGAAAUGGUGACAGGAGAUCUGGUUGUUUGGAACUCCAUCAUUGGUGGGUUUGCCCAGAAUAGUGAUGGUGAUGAAGCUUUAAACCUCUUUAAAAGAAUGAAGAGUUUUGGUUACUAUGCUGACCAGUCUACUUUAACUAGUGUAUUGAGAGCUUGCACUAGUUUAGCUCUGUUGGAAUUGGGUCGACAAGUCCAUGUUCAUGUUAUUAAGUUUGAUCAAGACUUGGUCCUUAAUAAUGCACUUAUAGACAUGUAUUGUAAGUGUGGUAGUUUGCAUGAUGCUAACUGUACCUUUAACCGGAUGGUUGAAAAAGAUGUGAUCUCCUGGAGCACCAUGAUAAUAGGCUUUGCUCAGAAUGGUUACAGUCGGAAAGCUCUGGAGUUGUUUGAGGCAAUGAGAGUUUCAGGGACCAAACCAAAUUACAUAACUAUUUUGGGAGUUAUGUUUGCUUGCAGUCAUGCUGGGCUGGUAGAAGAUGGGCAAUAUUACUUCAGAUCGAUGAAGAAGCUUUUUGGCAUUGAUCCGGGAAGGGAGCAUUAUGGUUGCAUGGUUGACCUUCUGGGAAGAGCUGGGAAGCUUGACGAAGCAAUGAAACUAAUUCACGAGAUGGAUUGUGAACCAGAUGCUGUGAUAUGGAGAACGUUGCUUGGUGCCUGUGGAGUUCACAGAAACAUGGACCUAGCUGAGUGUGCUGCCAAACAGAUAUUAAAACUGGAUCCUGAUGAUGCAGGAACCUACAUAUUGUUGUCCAAUAUCUAUGCAAACUCUCAGAGAUGGAAAGAUGUUGCACAAGUAAGGGGGUCCAUGAGGGAUGGAGGAAUCAAGAAGGAACCAGGUUGUAGCUGGAUUGAGAUAAAUAAGCAAAUUCAUGCUUUCAUAUUGGGUGAUAAAUCCCACCCACAAAUAGAUGAGAUUUCUAGCAAGUUGAACCAAAUUAUUUGGAGAUUAAAGGAAAUGGGUUAUGUGCCAGACACAAAUUUUGUCUUGCAAGACCUAGAAGGGGAGCAGAGUGAAAGUUCACUUUUAUACCAUAGUGAGAAACUAGCAAUUAUGUUUGGUAUGAUGAGCUUACCAAAAAAGAAGACCAUAAGGAUUAGAAAAAAUCUCAGGAUAUGUGGGGACUGUCAUGUGUUUGCUAAACUAUUGGCCAAAAUGGAAAAUAGAUGCAUCGUUAUCAGGGAUCCUAUCCGCUACCAUCAUUUUCACGAUGGAGCUUGCUCUUGUGGAGAUUACUGGUAGUUGGGCAUGUGCUUACGAACCUUUGCUGCCAGAAGCUGUUGAUCAGUAGGACAAAUUAAGGCAAAAGCUUGCUAGCAGAUAUUUUGUACUCCUCGUUUUGCUUUGCACAGUCCUGUGAUGAUAGACUCUCAAGCUUUCCAAUGGAAGACUUUGUUGCGGUAAAUAAUAUUAAUUCUCUGAGAGCACUCAAGAGAAUCAAGAUUGGUCGGACAUGCCUACUGGAGAAAUAAUAAGCAGAGCUCACACAGUUGCUGUGUGCUUGAAGAAUAUUUUGGAGAUAGUUGCUCACAGUUCCCACACCCAAAAGUGCAGCAAGCCCUUGCAGCUUGGUGCUGUAAAGAAGCUUGUUCUGUGGGGUCUAUUUAAUCAUGGACGAUUGUCAUGAUUGGAACUCUUACUGGAGAAAAGAGGGGUAUCUAUGAUGCAUUCAAAGUUUUUUCUAUGGGCUGGUCCCAAUCAUUUCUUUAAAGAAAGAACCUUUUUUGAACUGCGGCUUCUAGUUUCUUUAUUGUUGUUGGGAGCCGAUUGAUUUGGGUUGGUUUCCAGCCACCAGGGAUCAAACGGCGUCCCAAAGCACAACUCCGGCGAUUCAUCAUCGCCUUUUGAAUUUUGAGAAGGACACUUCUCCGUCUUUCGAAGACAUCCAAUGGGCCCAUAUUAAAGCCGAGUGAGGUUUUGGUGUGCUUUACCUUCAUGCAGUUGUAUACGUCAUUGGACCCUUCUGUACCCAUGCCAGAAUUCAUUUAUUCACCAUGAUUUCACAUCCAAUGCCUUCCCAUGUUUCAAUGGUGGCAAUAUGUGAGGGUGCUUGCACGUGUUUAUUGUUCAACAGUUAUGCUACAUGUAUGUAUAGGUUUACAUGGUUACUAGGAGGAGCAUCUGGCAUGGAUUUCUUAGGAAACAUCCGGUGAAUUCACGACACUCAAAUAUGUUUUACAUACACAUGAUGUGGUGAAAUAUGAUUGAGAUAGAAUUUCUUGAACCAAAUAAAAAUGAAAAACUUUCCCACUCACUUUUUAACAUCUCAGUUGUCUGUAAACCAUUAUGUGCUUACAGACAAGUAGCAUUAUUCAUUGUUCAAUUGGUGUUCCAUUAUUUGCUGGAGGCUGAUUUGGUAACUUGCAAUUUUGAUUUCAGGCUAGCAAUUGGAGGUGUUUACUUUUCCUGCUGCUGCUCCUUCAUCUGUUGCCACCAAACUUGCCAUGGCGUAGAACCACCUGCUAUGGCUGGUACUUAUUUUCAGAAAGGAGUCAAUAAACAUAGACUAGUAGAUGCCGACUUGGGUGGCAUUUUAGUAGGUGGAGAGUAUUCGUUGCAUCCUUAAUACUGUGAUGAUGUUUAUGUUCGGAUAAUUUGCUAUUUUAAAGGGCCAAAUUCUCCACAUUUUUUGAACAGAUUGAGACUUUUCUGCUAGAAUUGUGCUAGGAGUGUGAAAAUGUGUCAACGAGAUGAGAAAAACUUUAGUGGAGCAGUCAUAUAUGUACACAUAAUACAACUGUCCACUCAAAUCACGAGACCUCGGACUCCAAAUCAAGACACGACCCCUAGGAGGUUUAGAGUUCGAGUUGUGAUUUGAAUGAACGGUCCUACCAUGUGUGCAUGUUAGCUUGUCCCUCUGAAGUAUUUCACCUUCGAGACGAGAAAUGUAAUGGGCCGAUGAAAGGCUAAUAUGCCUGCUUUGUUUUCU